AUGCCAGAUCAGUACUUAUUCCUGGAAUUCCUGCCAUGUAAUCAUGGCAUCACAAAGGCCUGGGAAUCCAGUGCUUUUACACCCUGUGGGAAGUUUUAGAAUUGAUUUGAUCAGUGACUGAAAAUGACCUGCCCAAUUGAAGUUCAGGAGGCAUUCGUCCUCUCUUCCUUUGUGACCUUCUUAACUGGAUUUAUCCUUAUAUGCAUUGGCAGGAUAAUGAAUAUUGUCGCAUCAAAAUAUGGCUUCAGGGGUCUGGGAAUAGAGAGUCAUUUCAAAAUUCCUUAUUUGAGGAUAAACCAUUUUUAUGGACUCUUUCGCAAGCGUAUUGACAUGAUGCUCUCAGCACAGACCUUUGUCGGUCGUGUACUGAUGAUCCUUGUCUUUGCACUGAGCAUUGGGUCCCUUGUAAUCUAUUUCAUCAACUCUGCAGAUCCUGUUGGAAGCUGCUCAGGAAAUGAGGACAAAACUCUCCAUGUUGACUUGAUCUUCAAUGCUUUCUUUGCCUUUUAUUUUGGAAUGCGGUUUGUGGCUGCUGAUGACAAGAUAAAAUUUUGGUUGGAGAUGAACUCCUUGGUAGAUAUCUUUACCAUUCCACCAACUUUUGUUUCCUAUUAUCUGAACAUUAAUUGGCUAGGUUUAAGAUUCCUGAGAUCUUUACGGUUGCUAGAACUCCCUCAAAUAUUACAAUAUCUGCGAGCCAUCAAGAGUAGUAGUUCAGUGAAGUUUUCCCAACUCUUGUCUAUACUUGUGAGCACUUGGUUCACUGCUGCGGGAUUCCUUCACUUGGUGGAAAACUCAGGGGAUCCCUGGCUCAAAGGUAAAAAUUCCCAGAUAAUGUCUUAUCUUGACGCCAUUUACCUUGUCAUUGCAACAACAUCAACUGUCGGCUUUGGAGACGUUGUAGCUAAAACAUCCCUGGGACGGAUCUUCAUCAUUUUCUUCAUCCUUACGAGUUUGAUGCUAUUUGCGAAUUAUGCUCCUGAACUUUUGGAAACCUUUGCAAAAGGCAGAAAAUACUGCAAUUCCUAUGUUGUGGUCAGAGGGAGAAAAUUCAUUGUGGUCUGUGGAAACAUCACGUUGGAUAGUGUAACUGCUAUGCUGAGAAAUUUCCUCCGCCACAAAUCUGGGGAAAUGGAUAUUGAGAUCGUUUUCCUGGGAGAAACCCUUCCUUCUCUGGAGCUAGAAACACUUUUCAAGCUCUACGUGGCUUAUACAAGUUUCUUCUAUGGAUCUGCAUUGAAAAGGGAAGAUUUAAGGAGAGUUGCGGUGGAAUAUGCUGAUGCCUGUCUGAUAUUAGCCAACCCUUUGUGUGCUGAUUCAUAUGCUGAAGAUACUUCUAACAUCAUGAGGGUGCUCUCCAUCAAGAACUAUUACCCUAAGACCAGAAUAAUCAUACAGAUACUUCAAUCCCAUAACAAGGACUACCUGCCAAAGAUUCCCAGCUGGGACUGGUCGUCCGGGGACAACAUCAUCUGCUUUGCCGAACUAAAUCUAGGCUUAAUUGCUCAGGGCUGUUUGGUUCCAGGUUUAUCUACUUUUCUAACCUCCCUGUUUGUGGAAGAGAAAAAAAAGAUCAUUCCCACACAACUAUGGGAAAAGUAUUUCUUGAAUAGCCUGAAUAACAAAAUCUUGGCUCAUGUCCUCUCCAAUGACUUUGAAGGAAUGAGUUUCCCUGAAGUUUCCAGGAUCUGCUUUGUGAAGCUCCAUCUCAUGCUGAUAGCCAUUGAAUAUAAGGCAAAUAUGAAUAGAAUCAGAAGCAUAAUGUUAAAUCCACCUGCACUGAUUAAGGUAAACAGGAACGCAGUGGGAUUUUUUAUUGCUAAAUCUAUACAGGAAGUCAGAAGAGCCUCUUUUUACUGUAUCAACUGUCACAGUGAUGUGAAUUCCCCAGAGCUCAUUGGAUAUUGUGGCUGCAAGUCCAAGAAAGGAUGCCAAAUGGAAGCAAGCAUCCCUACCAGUAAUUUGGAGAAUGUUCCCGAGACAAGUUCCAAAGAAAUGGAAGGACAUGAUUCUCCAAAAACAUUGCCUAGAAAAUCUAGCCCCAUGUCAAGCUUCAUCAUGAGGGAUCUGACUUCUAUGGAGAGUGAUAUGGAAAAUGACCUUUUUGAUAACACUGGCAUGUUCCACUGGUGCAAAUCAGUCCCAUUGGAAGAUAUAAUUCUGAAAUAUGACACGAUAAAAUUCCAGAACCAUAUUGUCGCCUGUGUCUUUGGAGAUUCUCAAUCACCCUUGCUGGGGCUUCGGAACUUUGUGAUGCCCCUAAGAACCAGUAACUAUACCUUCAAAGAGCUAAAAGACAUUGUGUUCAUUGGUUCUUUGGAAUACCUGCAAAGAGAAUGGAGGUUCCUGAGACAUUUCCCCAAGCUGUACAUACAAGCAGGAUCUGCUCUCUUUCCUGGAGACCUAAUUGCAGUCAACAUUAGAGAAUGUUCAAUGUGUGCUGUCCUGUCCCACCAAUCUGACUUGUCAUGCAACACUAUACUAGAUGUUGAGUCUAUAUUGACUACUCUCAACAUUGGAUCUCUUCUAGUCUACCACAAUUCCUCGAACACAGACAUGUCAGAAAACGGUUCUAGACGUAUUUCAUAUUCCAAUACAGUUCAAGAAAAAUUUAAAAGGAUUCCCAUCAUAACUGAACUGAAAAAUCCUUCCAACAUUCAUUUUAUUGAGCAACUCAGUGGAAUGCGUGCUAGCUUCCAAGGAACAAGCCUGCACCUUAGUAGCGCCUUUUCUACAGGUGCUGUCUUUUCAGAUAGCUUUUUAGAUUCCCUGUUGGCCACGGCCUUCUAUAACUACCGUGUCCUAGAAUUACUCCGCAUGCUAGUGACAGGUGAGGUGAGUUAUGACAUCGAGCAGGAUAUGGAAAUGGAGAACUUCAGUGAUAGCUUCUUUUCACUCUUGCUUGGAAGAGGCCGGUGUAAGUUGGCUCUUCUCUCCUUGAACCAAACAAUAUUAUUGGACCUUCCUGCUAGGGAUACUUUUGGAGAGGUAUUCUGUGGGUCAUUGGACAAUUUUGGAAUCCUGUGCCUUGGCCUAUAUCGCCUGAUGGAUGAUGAACAGAAAAAUCCACUGCAUUACAGGUUUGUGAUUACUCGACCAGACAAUGAUUUUAAACUACAACCUACAGACUUAAUGUUUUGUGCCAUCCCAUUCAACGUUGCUAAUUAUAAGGAAUCAUCUUCGCUUACAAAGUCAGUGCCGGGAUUUAAAUCAAAAGGAGAUGCUCGUAAGGCCAGGGGAUCUGACGCUAGAAGCAGAAAGGGAGAAGAAGAGAAAGAAGCCACAGGAAGUGGACAAAGAGGAGGAAGAAGAAGACCAACAAGGAGAGGAACAUCACUAGAAACAAGAGAUUUAGAAGAAGAUGAGGAAACACAAGCACAAGCUGCAGCCUCUUACAAUAGGCAUUCAAUGGUCAGGAUUUCAAUGCUCUGUAAAUCCUUAUUCUUGGCUAUGGAAUCAGAAGCCAGGAAGCCAUCACCCAGAUAG